GCGAUGGACAAGCACAAAUUGUAGGACAUUUAUUAUCUAUGGUACCAGCUGGACUUAAUGCACAACUUGUGAUGGCCGAUGUUGGUGCUGGUGCUUUAGUGAUUCCCAGACAUACAGUUUUCAAUGAAGAUUGGACGCCAGCAGGAGUGCAAGGUAGCGAUUCUGUAGGUUCUUAUUAUACCAAACUCAAGAAGAUUGCAAGACAUGCUAAUAUGGGAGAUGAUGAAUUCUGCCAUAGAUUUCUUGGAGGACUUUCUUCAGAUAAUCAAAUGGAAGUUCAUCGUAUGGGGCUUAGUAGACUUAUUGAUGAAAUCUUUUCAUCUUUAGAAGAGAUUGAGAGAUAUAAAGCUGAAUUA